AUGACUUGGACGAUCAAUUAUCAAAAUUUCAUCAAAGCAAUUUGUUAUAAAUUUAAAUAUGUGAAGCUAGCUGAAUGGUUGGAAUUGCAUAAAGAAAACGUGGUUUAUGAAGAUGGAACAAACGGUCCUAUCAACAUAUCAAAAUUAAGAAAUGACAUUAAAGAAAUUUGUUUUGCAAAGGCUAGGAAAUGUGAUGAAUUAACUUUUAAAGACAAUCCAUAUGCAGAAGGAGGUGAAAGGCUCGAUUGGGACCACAACACCGGUGCGCCUAAGAGUAGACAAUCAAUAUCAAGAAAUUCUUCCUUUAAUAGUAAUUCUAGUUAUAAUCAAAACAACAACAAUUAUAUGAACCAAUCUGGAAGUAAAGUUUUCCAAAAUUCUUACAACAAACAACCACAAUCAAAUUCAAAUCCAAAUGUACAAUUUGAUGGGAAGAAGAGAAAAGGAUAUCAUGGAAACCACUUUGAUCCUAAUUAUGUAAGGAAAGCUAAAGGGGUGGAAGGACCUACCGCGAGCACUAGCAAACAGUAG